AUGGACCUCCCAUCGUCCUCACAAUCUUCCCUCCCGUCCCAUCGUUCUCUCGUUCAGCCCUCCCGUCGCCCUCACAAUCACCCAUCUCGUCCCCUUGCUCUCACGGUUCCCCUCCCAUACCAUCGCCCUCCCGUUCUCCCAUCCCUUCGCCAUCGAUGUCUCCCCUUCCUCCCCGUUGCUCUCACGAUCUCCCUUCCCGUUGCCUCGCCAUCGAUGUCUCCCCUUCCUCCCCGUCGCUCUCACGAUCUCCCUUCCCGUCGCCUCGCCAUCGAUGUCUCCCCUUCCUCCCCGUCGCUCUCACGAUCUCCCUUCCCGUCGCCUCGCCAUCGAUUUCUCCCCUUGCUCCCCGUCGCUCUCACGAUCUACCUUCCCGUCGCCUCGCCAUCGAUGUCUCCCCUUCCUCCCCAUCGCUCUCACGAUCUCCCUCCCCGCCCCCUCGCCAUCGAUGUCUCCCCCUCCUUCCCGUCGCUUUCUUUGCCCUUGCCACCAUAA